UGUCAAUCAUUGAUGGCAGCAAAUUUGCCAAAAAAAACUAAAACAAAUAAGGAAUUUAAUCCCUUAAUAAAAUAAAAGGUCGAAUUAAAAUGAAUAAUUACUAAUUAAUAAAAAGAAUAAACAGAGUCUAUAAAGAGUAAGAGGCUUGAUUGAACUUUCUCACAGUUUCUAAUCCCAGUCAUUGUUCACAGAGCGACACAUUUUCUAAUUCUGGCUACUAAACUCUGAAACUAAACGUCUCACCUACAGCUGAAAGUCUUAUCCACAUUCAUGGUUUUGAAAUCUUAAAGCGUCUAAAUAUAAAUUUACGCAUUAGGGUAAAUAUUCAGAGUCACUGAUUGCUUCAUGUAUUAUGACCUUCCAAAUCCAUUAUGUAAAUUCGUCCACUACUGACUGUGCCGCAAAAAUAAAAUUAGAUAAAACUAUUAUAUAAAGAAAUGAGGCAUCUGUGUCAGAGCCGCAUCAACUCCGUUUAACCCCCACCUCAAUCUGGGUUUACAAAGAUAACCUUUCACCUACAUGUGGAGGGGCUGGAUUGAGGCCAAAAGAAGCUAAUGCUAUUGUGCACUGAUGUCCCGUCACUAAUACACGGCUGUAACUGCGGCGCAGUGGUAAGUGUACUCAGCUGAUGGGGAGAAUGCUGGUUGAGUAAACCUCUUAGAGAUCUGAACGGUUACUCAAGUCUUGCAAAAGUACCCGCAAGGAUGGAGGAUCAGCCCCUGGUCCUCCUCUUCUAUCCCCCUGUGACUCAAGGACAAACACACAUUCACAUGCCAGCGAUUAUGGUCCAAAUCGGACUCGUUCUUGCCCACAUUCCUGAGUCGACCCCACUGCUUUGUGAAUCGUUGCUCCAUCGCUGCCUGAUCACACCGGACUCUGCCACAGAAAGGAUUACACCAACACAGAGGCGCAGAGUAUUCUUUCAUCCUGGUCAGUUUGGAGGACCUGAAACAGAAGCUCCCUGAAGCACCUGCAGAGAGAUUUGACGAACGGGGGGGGGGAACGAUUCACGUUACUUCCACUGGUCUGAGCAGAACGAAGGCCUCUCUCAUCAAAUGGCUGCAAACAAACCAACUAGAGAAGUCUGAGGAGGAAUCAAGCCAAGAGCAUUUCGUUCACUGGAUUCUGCUCGUUUCCAAUAAAGCGUUUUUAUUUGAACAAUCCAAAAUAACUUAUAGGACAGAGAGGUAACAAAGCUCAAAUCAGGAAGACCUUAUUUUCAGUCUAAUAUCCAAAGAUGGACACCUUCACAGGCAGCCUGCGUUUGCGCUCAGACAGCAUGAGCAGCUCUGCAUCUCAGGGCUCGAGGUCCAAGGUGCUCCUCCGCCAGCGUCUGGCCCAGCUGCUGAUCUGCAUCGAGGACCUGAGCUCUGACGACGAGGCCAGCGAGGAGGUGUCCCGCUCUCUGGACGAGGCGUUUCAGCUCUGUGGAAGCUACAUUCCCACAGACGCAUUCAGGAUGCACAUGGUGACCUGGAACGUGGCCACAGCAGAGCCUCCUGAAGACAUCACCUCUUUGCUGCAGCUGGAUGUCCAACCCCCCACAGAUCUCUAUGUGAUUGGCCUGCAGGAGGUGAGCUCUUCGCCUGUGAGGUUCAUCUCAGACCUGUUGGUGGAGGACUCCUGGAGCCACGUCUUCAUGGACACGCUGGCCCCCAGAGGAUUCAUCAAGGUGACAUCAGUGAGGAUGCAGGGCUUGCUGCUCCUGGUUUUCGCCAAACAAGUCCACCUCCCCUACAUCCGAGACAUCCAGACCACGUACACUCGCACCGGCAUCUUCGGCUACUGGGGUAAUAAAGGAGGAGUGUCCGUGCGUUUUUCUUUCUACGGCCACAUGGUGUGCUUCCUCAACUGCCACCUAGCAGCCCACAUGAACUACGCUCUGCAGCGCGUCGACGAGUUUGAGUACAUCCUGGAGACGCAAGAUUUUGACAUCAGCGAGAGCCCAAACGUGCUGGACCACAAGGUGGUGUUCUGGUUCGGCGACCUGAACUUCCGUAUUGCAGACCACGGCUUGCACUUCCUCCGCUCGUCCAUCAACAGUGGACGCCUUAAUUUGCUGUGGAGCAAGGACCAGCUCUUGAUGAUGAAGAAGAAGGAAGCGUUCCUGCAGGAAUUUGAGGAAGGCCCAUUGAAUUUUAAACCCACCUACAAGUUUGCCCGCAACUCUGACACCUAUGAUACCAGAAAGAGCACUGUGGCGCUGCCUCUAACCAUGUACAGACCCAGGCCCCUGCAGCGCUGCAGCACCACCCUCCUCUUCCUCCUCACCUCCCUCACAUGGGGGCUGCUCUCUGUCUGGUUGGGGGCCUGGUACAGGGAGCUAGACCCGCCAAGUGGCAAGAAGAGGAAACCAGCUUGGACAGAUCGGAUCCUCUGGCGCAUCAAACCCAAAGACCUGCCAUCGGAGGAUGAUGAGAAAGCAUCGACUUGUACCGACGAUGGACAAGAUGAAUAUCCAAUCAUGGUCACCCAGGAUAAGUACACCAGUGAUAUGAGCUAUGGAGUCAGUGACCACAAGCCUGUCAUUGCAACCUUCAGCCUGGAGCUGAGGAAAUGCUUUGACACGCCGAUGGUGCACAUCUCUCCUGUGGGUGUAUGGAGCGCCGACCAGGAUGCAGUUCUUACCUACACCGUCCAAGAGGACUUCAUGUCCUCCACAUGGGACUGGAUCGGCCUGUACAAGGUUGGAUUCAAGAGUGCGUCCGACUAUGAGACCUUUGUUUGGGUGAGGGAGAACGAGCUGCCAGAGAUAAAUGAAGUCAUACAGAUAUCUGUGGAUAAGGAUGAGAUCCCUCUGCUCGGUGGACAGUAUGUUUUGGGUUACUACAGCACGAACAUGCAAAGCAUCCUUGGCCUUAGCUCAAACUUCCAGAUCCUGGAGUCAAAGCGUGCUGUAAUGGAGGGCCUGGUUCCUGAGGGCAUCAACGGGAUCAACAAAUAAGAACAAAGUCACCACAGUGCCACAUCGUGUUCCUCUCGCCAGCAAAUCUACAAAGAACCGAACUUUCAAAUGCCUCAUGAUCAACUGGAUACACGGAUACAAUCUUGUACUGGAUAAGCCGACUCUAACUGCCAUCACGUGUACUGGAAACUUGAGUUGUUGUCGAAUUUUGCGUGUUAGGAAUUCACUUUAAGUCAGAUUCACUCUUGCUGGAACAGUUCCUUAACUGCUGUUAUGAGUUUAUGCCUGUUAGAGUAGAAAAUACAGUAAUAAACAUGUCAAAUGACACAGUUCAUUUAAAAGCAAAAGGUGUGCUUAAGUUUGUUCUUUGAAAGUCGUGCAGAAUGACCUGUCAAUCAUAUGGAACAAUAUAAAUCAUUUAGCCGUUUAUUGUAAUACAGGAGGAGGCUGUCUUGCUAUCAAUUGUUUGCAGCAGCUAUUAGACCCUAAUUUGUUGGGGUGGAAUAAGGAAGAUGGGAGAAAGAUUCAAAAUAUAAUGUACACAUGAAUCCCCUGAAGAACAUGAAAGGUUGAUGUGGACUUUCACACUGAGGUGUUUUGAGUCAUAUAUUUCUUUAUGAGCCAUUAUCUGUGUGGUAAUAUAAAACGUGUGUGUAUCAUGACUGAGUAUAAGGUAGUGAACAUCAAUCGCAAUAGAUUUAUAUUUUAAAUUGACCUAUGAUUUUAAUAUUUCAAAUAUAUAUCUUUCUCUGAACUUCACUGUAGUUUCUCACUUCAGUCAAAUUGCAUGAUGUCUUUUCGAUUCCAAUGCGAAAAUGAUUGUUGUCAAGGACAAAGAAAAGAAAUGUUUCUGUGUGUUGUAGUGAAGUUGUGUAUAUUUGGUUGACUGAUAAAUAGUUUGUGUGUGUGAUUAAUAUCACAACAACAGAAACUAACCCUGA